AGACCCCACCCUUUGUGUUUCCCGCACCGUCAAUCAAAAUAGAAACAAUUGACUAGAGUCACCGAUUGCAGCCAGCCUUCGAUUAUUGUAAUCAUGUUUCGCUUGUGGUAAUACAGAGAUUCUGCGAAAUAAAAUAAUUCACGCAAUGACUGCCCCAGAACAGCCAGUGAAACAAGAGGAAAUGGCUGCCUUGGACGUGGACAGCAGUCAAAGCGAGUUUCUGCAGCAAGACUGUGGCACAGGAGAUCAGGACACUCAGUCGUCAUCGCUCGCUCUGCUGGCAGCUACCUGCAGCAAGAUCGAGUCGGCAUCAUCAGAUGGGGGUAACGGUACUGCCGCUGCAGUGACGACAGACCUAACAUCCAUCCAGUUAACAGGGAACCCAGAUAGAUGGGAGGUUUUGACCCCCACAACAACACGGAAGGAGGAACCUGGCGCGGUCCAUAUCCAGAGUCGGGGGAUCGUGACAUCAAACGGACAGUAUGUUCUUCCUCUCCAGAACCUUCAGAGCCAACCGAUCUUUGUGACAUCAGGAAGCGACACCUCCGCCAACACCGUGCCUAACAUUCAGUACAUUCAGACAGCUGAUGGACAGCAACUGAGCUUCUCCACCUCCAGUGAGGACGGGGCCACUCUGAGCCAAGAUGCCACAGGGCAGAUCCAGAUCUUGCCUGACGGAACUCAGACUAUAAGUGUGACUGGGGCCGGAGACAUCCUUACUAAUAACCAGAACCUCAUAUCACAGACUGGUCAUGUCCAGCAGAUCCAGGGUGUUUCUAUCGGCAGCUCCACCUUUAACAACCAGGGUCAGGUUGUCACUAAUGUGCCUAUGGGGUUGCCAGGGAACAUCACCUUUGUCCCCAUUAGCAGUGUGGACCUGGACUCCCUGGGCCUCUCUGGUGCUCAGACUAUAGCAACAGGGGUCACUUCUGAUGGCCAGCUCAUCAUGACCAGUCAGCCUGUGGACAGCUCUGAGAGUUUGGAGAAGACAGGUGACCAGCACUCGCAAACACUGUCUGUAAAUGACUUGAAUGCUAAUGCAGACAUGUAUGUGCCAACGUCCUCCGCCCAGCUGCCUGAGGCCAUGGAUGAGACGGGUGUUCUAACCCAAGCCCCAGAGCAGACAGACCCCUCUGGUCUCCAGGGCUACAUUCAGCAGAACCAGGUCCAGAACAUCCAGGUGUCCUCAGGUCAGUCCAUCAUCCAGCUGCAACAGGUGCCAGUCCAGACCAGUGAUGGUCAGCUGGUGCAGGCAGCAGGGGGACAGACCAUGCAGAACGUUCAGCUCAUCAACCCAGGGACCUUCAUCAUCCAGGCCCAGACCGUCACGGCCUCAGGGCAGAUCCAGUGGCAGACCUUUCAGGUGCAGGGGGUCCAGAACCUCCAGAACCUCCAGCUGUCCACCAACCCAGCCCAGCAGAUCACACUGGCCCCAUUGCAAACCCUGUCUCUGGGCCAGGGAGAAGCGCAACAGAUCCCCAACCUGCAGACUGUGACUGUCAACUCUCUGGUCCAGGCUGGCAUUCAGUACCAGCAGGCAGAGGACACCAACAGCCCUGGAGACGUCCAGAUAAAGGAGGAGCCGGACUCCGAGGACUGGCAGCUGGGCAGUGACUCCACUCUGAACACCAGUGACCUUUCCCACCUGCGGGUCAGGCUAGAGGACGAGGAGGACCAACUCGGCGAGGGGGGCAAGCGGCUACGCAGGGUGGCCUGCACCUGCCCCAAUUGCAAAGAGGCUGGGGGGAGAGGAUCUAACAUGGGGAAGAAGAAGCAACACAUCUGUCACAUUCCGGGCUGUGGGAAGGUGUACGGGAAGACAUCCCACCUGCGAGCGCACCUGCGCUGGCACUCAGGGGAGCGGCCCUUCGUCUGCAGCUGGAUGUACUGUGGGAAGAGGUUCACACGCAGCGACGAACUGCAGAGACACAGAAGGACACAUACAGGGGAGAAGAAGUUUGUCUGCCCGGAAUGUUCCAAGCGCUUCAUGCGGAGCGACCACCUGGCCAAGCACAUUAAAACUCACCAGAACAAGAAAGGAGUCAUGAACUCUGUGAGCAACGCGGUGGUGGGCUCCAUGGAGUCCGCGGGCUCGUCAGACAGCAUCAUCACGGGGGGCGGCACCACCCUCAUCCUCACCAACAAUCAGCAGGGCUCCGGUAACUCCCAGGACAUCCUGGCCAAUGCUGAAAUCCCACUACAACUGGUCACUAUAGCAGCCGGAGAAGUCCUAGAGAUGGCCGAGUCACAGUGACACUCACUUGCUCAUCACUCAUUUUCCCUGCUUAUAUAUAUAUAUAUAUAUAUAUAUAUAGUACCAGUCAAAAGUUUUUUACACACCUACUCAUUCCAGGGUUUUUC